AUGGAGUCGUGGGCCGGACACUUGACUGCAGAUCUGUCGGCAGCCUUGGCCGUGGAUUUGGUGGAAGAGCGGUCUACAACCAAUGAGCUGCACAUUUGCGUGCGGCCUGCGGAGUCCCAGCGGGCUACGCUACCAAAUUUGGAUGAAGUUCGAGGACCUCAAGAUGGUGUUGCAUGGGAUUGGUUUCAACGAGCGGCUUUUGCUUGCACAGAUAGCUGGGAAAGCGUUCUCGUUGCUGCCCCAACAUCAGCUGGGAAGACGGCUGUGGCUCGAAAUAUGAUUAGGAAUUGCAUUGUGCAAGGCAAAAAGUGUGUGUAUACUGCCCCUGUCAAAGCACUGUCAAACGAGAAGUUCAGGGACUUCGUGAGCGAGUUCGGAGCAGAAAAGGUUGCACUACUGACAGGCGAUGCGCAAGCUGGCAACAUGGAUCUCGCGCAGAUAGUUGUGAUGACGACCGAAGUCCUGGUAAGCCUCCUGCACAAUGACAGCCUUUCAGGGAACUGCUUGCAGUGCCCCACAAGUCAGGGCCAAGCUUCUGAUCAAAACAUGAUGGAACCGCGCCGGCAGUUGAUGCAUAAUUUGUCGUAUGCGAUUUUCGAUGAAGUACAUUACAUUGCGGACGAGGAGCGAGGAACAGCAUGGGAAGAAGCCAUUGUUUUGCUGGAGCGCCAUAUUCCUCUUGUUUGCCUUUCUGCAACCAUACCAAACUUUGUGGAUUUGGUCGGUUGGGGCGUAGGCAUUCACCAUGGCGGCAUGUUGCCUGUGCUGCGAGAGCUGACUGAGAAGUUGUUCAAGGACGGCUUUGUCCGUGUCCUUUGUACGACUGAAACGUUUGCGGUGGGAGUGAACAUGCCUAGCCGAGCUGUUAUUUUCAAUUGGCCCCGAGCAUGUGAGUUCAAAAAGUUCGAUGGUCACGAGCAGCGCCCAAUUCGUUGUGGUGAGUACAUGCAGAUGGCUGGGCGGGCUGGUCGUCGAGGACAAGAUUCCCAAGGAAACGCGUGGAGCAUGAUGACACAGAAGGUAGAGUCACCCUUUAUACAGCGAUUGGUAUCUGGGAGAGCUGAGCCCGUUGAAAGCAGAUUCAAAUUGAGUUUUUCCUUGAUUCUUCGCUGCCUGCGGUCUGGGGGAGGUGUCCUGACGCUGCUGUUGAUGCAGAGUUUCAAGCAAUUUGAAACUGGAAAGUCUGAUGAGCUUGUCUUCCAGAGAGAGCUGGACACAAAGCUUGCAGUGCUGGACCGACAGGGAUACCUCGAGGAGGGCUUGCGCUUGACGCUGCUGGGGCGUGCCUGCGCAAACAUCCAGGUUCCCGUGCCGGCUCUUCUGAGCUUCAGGACGCACAUGAUUUAUCAUCGCUUUGGUGAGAAGCAAGCGAAUCAAUUGGUAGCAUUUUUGACUUGCUUCGUGAACGACCUGGAGGAAGACGACGAGGUUGCCAGUUGCCUCAACUUUGAUCACAUAUGUCACAGAACAGAAAUCUGGAAGAAUGUAAUACGGUAG